AUGAGUCCCCCGCCCGCGGGCAACGGCAGCGCCUGGGGGGCUGCAGCGCUGGGCGCCGGCGGCAACUGCAGCGGGGCCGCCAGCCUGAGCCGGCAGUGGGUGGUGGGGGCCGCCCUGAGCCUCACCGUGCUGGUCAUCGUGGCCGGCAACUUGCUGGUGAUCGUGGCCAUCGCCAAGACGCCGCGGCUGCAGACCAUGACCAACGUUUUCGUCACCUCGCUGGCUUGCGCCGACCUCAUCAUGGGCUUGCUGGUGGUGCCGCCGGGGGCCACCAUCCUGCUGAGCGGCCACUGGCCCUACGGCACGAUGGCGUGCGAGCUGUGGACCUCGCUGGACGUGCUGUGCGUCACGGCCAGCAUCGAGACGCUGUGCGCCAUCGCCGUGGAUCGCUACCUCGCCAUCACGUCGCCGCUGCAGUACGAGGCGCUGGUGACCAAAAGCAGGGCGCGGGCCGUGGUGUGCCUGGUGUGGGCCAUCUCUGCCUUCAUCUCCUUCUUGCCCAUCAUGAACCACUGGUGGCGGGACGGGGCGGACGAGCAGGCGGUGCGCUGCUACGACGACCCGCGCUGCUGCGACUUUGUCACCAACGUGACCUACGCCAUCAUCUCCUCCACCAUCUCCUUCUACGUGCCCCUGCUCGUCAUGAUCUUCGUCUACGUCCGCGUCUUCGCCGUGGCCACGCGGCACGUCCAGAUCAUCGGCAAGGACAAGGUGAGGUUCCUGCAGGAGCCCCCCAGGCGCAGCUCCAGGAGCAGCCGGCGGAGACGGCCCUCCCGUCUGCUGGCUAUCAAGGAGCACAAGGCGCUCAAGACCCUGGGCAUCAUCAUGGGCACCUUCACGCUCUGCUGGCUGCCCUUCUUCGUGGCCAACAUCAUCAAGGUCUUCUGCCGGCCGCUGGUGUCGGAUCAGCUCUUCCUUUUCCUCAACUGGCUGGGCUACGUCAACUCAGCCUUCAACCCCAUCAUCUACUGCCGCAGCCCCGACUUCAGAAGCGCCUUCCGCAAGCUGCUGUGCUGUCCGCGCCGUGCAGACCGCCGGCUCCACGCCGUCUCGCAGGACCUGCAGCGCUGCCCCUGUGCCUUCAGCCCCCGGGGGGGACCCUCAGAGGACAGCAAGGCGGCAGCCCCUGGACACCCCGGGGAGGACGCCGAGGCUGGGGGCAGCAGCAGCCGCUGCAGCAGCUGGAUGGAGGAGACCAGCCUGUCCCAGGGCAGCGGCCACCGGCAGCGGCCCCUGGGCGAGUCCCGGCCGCAGGGCACCCAGACCACGCUGUGCUCACAGCUUGACGAGUUUUCCGGCAGAGAGAUGCCAGCUGGUCCUUCCAUCUGACUGGGAGCAGCCGAGAGCCGGGAAGAGAGGCCGGGUGUCGCGAAGUGGACGGAGGAGCGGCGCUGGGGACAAUGGUGCUGGAAGGACCCUCCGGUGCACGCACUGACCCGGAGAGGAGAGGGGCUAUCCCUUGGGAGCGCUCGCAAUCACAGCAGGGCCCGAGGAGCCAGCUCCUCCAUGCUGUUGGUGCUGGAGAGCUGGAACCAGCUAGGAAAAAGCUCCCACGCUGCUGGCCAAGAGGCAGCGCAGCCUCGGGGACGUGCCUGCGCUCGCUGUGUGGACAGGGGACCAGCUCCCACCCGGGGGUGCUUCCUGGCACGGCUGGUGGCAGGAGGCUGUGGCUGGCGGCUCUGCUUUCUCGAAGAACCUUGUCAUUCCAGGCUUGGCCGGGUUUUGGACAGCCCCUUGGGAAGGGGAGAAGAGCCUCCUGCAGGCACAAGCCCUUUCCAGGAUCUCCGCUCCAUCCCUGUCCCAGCCACUGCAUUCCCAGGGCUGGGUGCGAUCCCGGGAACUCCAGCGAUACCUUUAGCAAAGGAAAAGCACAAGGGAGCAAGGGGAGCUCCAAGCAUGGGGGACUGGGCAAAAAAAGUGAAUUAUGCUCUUGUCAAAUCUCCUUCUGUUUCUCCCUCUCUGUUUGGGGCAGAUGUCCAUGUUUCUGUGCCAUUCGAGGGUGGGAGGUUGGAUGGAUCAAGCUGGAGGAGCAGCAGCAGCGGGGUCAAGUGGGGAGAGCAUUGUAGAAGGGCGGUUUUCAUCCUGAGGCCCCUGCAUGCUGGUCUGGGUACGUGGGGCAGUGGGGUGAGGGCAGGGAGGUUAAGCUCUUGCUUUAAACCCUUUUGCACUGCCAGCGUGUUGGGAGGUGGCAGCAGGGCCAAUCCAGCCCCGAGACGCUGCAGUGGCUCCUCCGUGCACGCUGCGGUGCCAGCAGAGCUCGGGGUGCGUGUACAGAUGGGCGCUCACAUUCGUGGCCGUGCCCACGCCACACUGCCACGCAGUGACUUUGGGGAUAAUGUUGGUUGUAAAUAAGUCACGGUGACUGUAAAGUUUUUGUACUGUUUUGUCUCCCCCCACCCUCUGUGCGAAAUAAACCUUCGAAACUC